AUGCUGCUGGCUCGUCCCCUCUCCCUGACUCAUCGAAUCGCUACGUUCGUUCUCAAAUCGCCCCCGCUUCCUCGGCGGCUGGGACGCCUCGUGCUCUGGCUGUUCCUCGUCUACGUCCAUGACUGUAAAUUCGUCGUCUGCCUGGCUGCCAUCGUUCGGAUGGCCCGUUUCGGGUGGCUCGCUCGGUCCUGGCUCUGCUGCGCGGUCGGGUGUCUCCUCGUCGUCGCUUCUUGCGCCCUCGUCGCUGUCGUCGUUGUCUUGGCCGGCGCGGGCUUGACUAGUUUCGGUCCCCCUGUGCCCGAGCCGAAGUUCGAAUCGUAUUCGAUCCAUGAACCGCUGCGCCGCGAGCUGGGGUCGGGGCUCGCGCCGACGUAA